CCUUCCUCUCUUUCUUCUGCAUCUCUCUGUUUCUCGUCCUCCUGUUGUAUUUUCUUUUAUAAUUUCCCGUUCUUAAUUGACUCUCUCUUUUUUUUUUUUUUAAUUUUCAUCUCUGUUUUUUUCCUCUGCAAUCUCUGUGUUCCCUUCUCUCUCUCUUUCUCUCUCUUAGCGUCUGACUGAUGCACUCUCUCUCCCAUUGGAUUCACCGCCGUGAAUAAAUGGGGUGCAUGUUCUCUCACCUCGCCGCCAAAUUCGCCUUUUUCCCUCCCUCUCCUCCCACCUACCACGUCACAAAAACACCCGAGGGAAAACUCUCCGCCGUCUCCUCCUCCACUUCCUCCACUUUUCCCGCCGCCGGAGACUCAUCACUCGACGUCAGAGUGGUGAAGACGAGACGUGGAAACAAAGUUACAGCUUUUUACCUGAGAAAUCCUAACGCGAGACUCACACUUCUGUACUCUCAUGGAAAUGCCGCAGAUUUGGGACAACUCUUCGAUCUCUUCGUUCAACUCAAAGUCAAUCUCCGAGUCAAUCUUAUGGGGUAUGAUUAUUCAGGCUACGGAGCUUCUACCGGUAAGCCGAGUGAGUACAAUACUUAUGCAGACAUUGAGGCGGUUUACGAGUGUUUGCAGACAGAAUAUGGGGUUGGGCAGGAAGAUUUGAUAUUGUAUGGUCAAUCCGUUGGCAGUGGACCCACGUUGCACCUUGCCUCUAAGCUUCCUCGGCUUAGAGGUGUGGUUCUUCAUAGUGGCAUUCUCUCCGGUCUUCGUGUUCUGUGUCACGUUAAGUUCAAGUUUUGUUGUGACAUUUAUUCGAACAUAAACAAGAUCAAGAAGGUGAAAUGCCCAGUUCUUGUCAUACACGGAACAGAAGAUGAUGUGGUAAAUUGGCUACACGGUAACAGACUUUGGAAGAUGGCAAAGGAACCGUAUGAACCGCUUUGGAUAAAAGGUGGUGGACAUUGCAACCUCGAGAUUUAUCCGGAAUACAUUAGACAUCUCUAUCAGUUUAUACAAGACAUGGAGAACACAACCACUAAAUCUCGUCUCAAGAAGAUAUGGCAAGAUAUCCGCAGGAGAGAUGAAUCCAAAGGAUGUUGUAGUUUUGGACAGUGCAGACCGAAAUGCCCUCGGUGUCCCAAACCUAGUUGUGGCGAAUGCGGUUGUUGCAAGUGCUCGUGUCCGUCGUUGAAGGGAUGUUUCUCUUGCUGUAAGAAACCAAGCUGUGGUAGUAGUAGUUGUUGCAAGUGCUCGUGUCUGUCGUUGAAGAGGUGUUUCUCUUGCUGUAAGAAACCGAGCUGUGUUAGUAGUUGUUACUUUCCCAAGUUCAAAUGCUGCAGCUGCUUUGGAAAGCCUAGUUGUCCGAAAUGCUCUUGUUGGAAAUGUCUAAAAUGCCCCGAGUCAGAGUGUCGACAGAGUUGUUGCUGUGCUGGUUGUUUUAGCUGGCUGUGUUGUUGUGGCGGAGGGAGGAGGAAGGAGGGGGAGACGAGAGGAGGGACUACGGUGGCGAAGAGUUAGGGGUAAUUUUGGUAUAGAUUUUGUUCGAAGAUAUGAUUCAUGGGAACAUUUAGUAUUGACGAGAGGACCUCUUUGGCACCACUUAACCUAGUCCUUUCUGCAGCACAAAUGAAACUAAAAGAACUCGACUCUAAUGGUUUUCCAGCUCUAAAGAUGAAACCCAGAUGCCAUUCUCAGUUCUGUAGCUGUAUCAACUUGAGAUGCAAACCGGUAGCGAUAAACCCAAAACAAUUAAACAAAGAUGUCCUAUAUUGAAUACUCUAAUCAAGUAAGUACUGAAGAUAACAGUGUCUUCUUUGCCAAGUUAGGUCACAUCCUCUAUAUCAAAACGGACAGCAAAAGAAAAUAAAACACGGUCAUCUAACUGGAAGGCAUUAAUAGACAAAGAAAGAGCAUGAAACAGGGGUCUUUUAACAAGAUAUUGCAGUUUAGGCCUUUGGCCAAAAAAAUAUUACAAAAAAACGUGUAGCCAAAAAUACAUCCAACUUCCAAAUUUGUAAGCAAAUGACAGAUUCAAUACAAAGACACAUCGAGCAGAAGACAUAAAAUAAGAUAACAAAGACUAAACAAGCUUUGCUACUCUUCAGUGACAGAAAACAAAAUGAUCUUUCCAGCAGAAUGGCGUAUCUAAAGGAAGCCGAUUCCGCAUGUAUAUGAGAAAACGUGGAUAGGAUAUGAUAAGCUGACGUUAUCAGAGACUAGUUGGAUCUUGCAUUUGGAUGAGGCUACCAAAGUCCAAUCUUCAAUACACAAAUCUGUUUUACUAGUGUCUUCUUGUUUUGUAGCAGGUGUCAACUUGAGACAAACCGAUUUAUCAUACCUAAACCGAAAAAAACAUAAUUUUAAAC